AUGUUGGCAGCAUUUAUGUUUGAUGCAACGACAAAAGAUUGGGAAGUGAAAAACAUCAAAGACAAUGAAUCAUCUUCCGUACAAACAGGCGACAAGAAUAAUGAUUUUGCUGCAUCGCCAUCGAGUUCCAAUUCGUUUAGUUCAUCUUUGAAGGAGAAUUCGUCAUGCCCGUUAAAUCCUUCGGCACUUCCAGUUUAUGAAGGAGAAUAUAACGCUGUUACUCAAACGUCUGAUUGUGAUAUCUCCCCUGGAACUCUUGCGAAUAAUGAUACUGGUGAAAUUGAAAUCGGAUAUGCAUCUGGAACUAACGAACCAAGCAUCGAUACUGAACUGUGUAAGGAGGGUAAGGCGGAUGAUGAUUGGAUUGUAGAAAUCAAGGCUUUGGCUUGUUAA